CUGGCUCUCCGUGGACAGAACUCUGCUUCAGGAGGACCCUCUUGGUUGAACACCCUGCUUUACUGUUGGCAUAGGAUGUGUCUGUAGACCACGAAGUGAUGCAACUCCUAUCGUGCAGCUGGCUCACACCACUGCGCCAUGAGAAUUGCAAGCUGUGUGUGCCCAGCAGCAGCCAUGCUGGGAAGGUCAGCAGGGUUCUGUGAGUGGAGCUGGUGGUGGCAGAAAUAAGCAUCAUCCAGCAUUCCUGCAACUCCCAUCACCUCCCAGCCCUACGGACCUAAAUGCACGUCCCUUCUUGCUGAAUGACCACAUAGAGUGUGCUUAGUUUAUUUCGAGCUGCUGCUCUGGUGUUCAGGUUACCUCUGUAAACUCAUGUUUCUUUAAUGAAAACAAAGCGCUCUGCACAUGACAGUGACUUGCUAACACUCAGAGGAGCAUAUGUCAGUCUGCAUUUUUGCACUGGGAGCCCUGGCCCAUGCCAUGGGAGGAUCUGGCCCAGCCUGCUCGUAGGUAUCCAUUAAUGUGUCCUCUUGGAAGGAGUUGCAGAACUAUUCCAGGAAUCUCUCUACCCUCCCUAUCUGGCUCCAUCUACCUGUCUGGGCACCUCUUUCCUCUUUGCCCCAGACGUUGCCGUUUCUGCAAAGUGAAGGGUUAAGGUUAGGGUUGCUUUAUCUCUGUGGGCACGCUGGAAAAUCACUGCUUGCCUUCUUAUCGAGCCGUCUUGAAAUAGCCUGAAUUUGCUUUCUUUUGGAAGCAAACGGAGCUCUCGGUCAGACGGUCUGACUUUCAAGUGGCCCUGCGUGGAGCCAGGAGUCGAAUUCGAUGAUCAGCCCAUCGAUCGGUCGAUUCUCUAUGCAGGGACGCGGAACCGGGAGACGGCCGCUCCCUUGCGGAAUUGCAGCACCACUGCCCCGUGCUGGCGGCCGUCCCUCCGGCACCUCGGCACGGGCAUCCGAACUACCUGCACGCUGAUGGCUGCUGCCUUGAUACGGGCGGACUCCCGACGUAAAGGAGGGCGGGCGGAGGGUGUGCACCGGCACACGUGGCGGCCUCCUGGCCUCCCCCCGGCGGGAGAAGGCGGUGCCGGGGACGGCUGCGGGCGGCAGGAAGUGCAAUAAGACCAUGAACCUACAGCAGGGGAUUGGGCGCUGCAGGAGCUUGACAGAGAAGAGCUGACGUGCUGGGCUCAGACCCACCAGCUGCAGGGCAGAGGCAGUGUAAAGGGCACGAUGAACAUCCCACAUGGUGCCAGAAAUGAGGGCCAUGUGCAGGAGCUGUUCCACGAGGAAGCCCAGCAGGGAUCCCAAACACAGAGCAGGCCCUGGUGGAAGAUCCAGCUGUUCGUGUGGGAACCGGUGCUUUUUGGGACAUGGGAUGGCGUCUUCACCUCCUGCAUGAUCAACAUUUUUGGAGUGGUUCUUUUCCUGAGGACGGGGUGGCUUGUGGGAAACACUGGUGUUGUGAUGGGCAUGUUUCUGGUAUCCUUUGUGGUCCUGGUUGCUCUGGUGACAGUCCUAUCUGGAAUUGGGGUCUGUGAGAAGUGCAGCAUUGGAAGUGGAGGCGUCUACUCCAUGAUCUCUACCGUCCUUGGAGGUCAAGUCGGGGGGACCAUUGGGCUCCUUUAUAUUUUUGGCCAGUGUGUUGCAGGUGCCAUGUACAUCACCGGCUUUGCAGAGUCCAUCGCGGAUGUACUGAACCUCAGCAACAUCUGGGCGGUGCGGGGCAUUUCCCUGGCGGUGCUGCUGGGGCUGCUCGGGAUCAACCUGGCAGGGGUGAAGUGGAUCAUCCGCCUCCAGCUCCUGCUGCUCUUCCUGCUGGCUGUCUCGACGCUGGACUUUGUGAUCGGGUCCUUUUCACACCUCGAUCCAGAGCACGGCUUCGUUGGCUACUCUGAAGAGCUUUUAUUUAACAACACGCUGCCAGACUACAGCCAGGGGGAGUCCUUCUUCACUGUUUUUGGAGUGUUUUUCCCAGCUGCCACAGGUGUGAUGGCUGGGUUCAAUAUGAGUGGAGAUCUCCAGAAGCCUGCUACCAACAUUCCCCUGGGGUCUCUGGCUGCUAUUGGCACCUCGUGGUUUCUCUACAUGGUCUUCGUCUUUUUGCUAGGAGCCAUUUGCACCCGUCAGUCUCUCCGCUAUGACUUCAUGAUAGCAGAGAAGGUAUCUUUGGUGGGUUUCUUGUUUCUGCUAGGGCUGUACAUCUCAUCCCUGGCCUCCUGCAUGGGGGGGCUCUAUGGAGCGCCCCGAAUCCUGCAGUGCAUUGCCCAGGAGAACGUGGUGCCCAUGCUCGCCUUCCUUGGACGCGGGAAAGGACCCAACAAGACUCCAGUAGCUGCAAUUUGCUUAACAAGUCUCAUCACCAUGGCUUUCGUCUUCAUUGGGCAAGUGAACGUUCUUGCUCCAAUAGUCACCAUCAACUUCAUGUUGACAUAUAUUGCUGUAGACUACUCCUAUUUCUCGAUCUCCUUGAGCUACGACGUUCAGCAAAAACCUGGCAAGACACUGGUGGAAAACACUAAGCCUCCUCAGUCUUCCCAGCCUUUGAUUUUUAACAGGCCCUCCAGCCAUGCAUCAGAUGGAGUAAUUCAAAGCAGGUCGAAUGGCACCUUGCUGGAGUUCAGAAAAGACAUGGACCAGCUUUUUAAACCAUUUCGUAAUGAGCCAGAUGCUGGCAAAAAAGGCGCUGAGAAUCUAAUGCAAAAAGUCAAACAGAAAAAAGCAAAGAAGCCAGCCAAGCAAAUGUUACAAGACAGCUUUCUUCUGGAUCUUGAUCACGAUGCUCUUCCAGCUCACUGUGGCUGGGAUGAGACCAUAGAGCCCCCACCCAAAAGCCAGCAGUGUGAGGUGGGAUCAUGCUGGUCACUGCCUGCUGUGGAUCACCAGGGACCACCUGACCAUGGGGAGCAGCUCUGCAGCAAGGCACCAGAGGUCCCAGGUUGUGGGAUGGAAGAAUCAUCUACAAGGCAGCAAAACCUAGAGCUGGAAAUUCAGCAAAUUCAAAAAUCCUUCUACUCCAAAUUCUGCAAUUACUGGGUUUCCUUUGCUGGUGCAAUUGUGUCCCUCAUCAUAAUGUUUGUCAUUCAGUGGAUCUACACCCUUGUCAGCCUGGGGGCAGCGGUGGUUCUGUAUUUCUACAUCGGCCAAGUGAGUCCAGGACUCCCCCUGGGAGCAGCAGCGAAUUUCAGUUUGUUCAGUUGGAUUAAGUCUGUUUUGUCCACCUCAUGCAGGAGAAGGCCUUCGCCGAAGGAGCAGAUCGUGGUGACCCCAGCCUUUGCAACAGUGGGCAUGGAGACCAGGCAGCUCACCGAGGAGAAUGAGGACUUUGCCUCCAGGCACCGCUACCACCAGUCCUCCCUCAUCAGCAGGGAAGAGUUCAGGAAUCAGUUUCAGUAAAGUUGGAGGAUGAAAAAAGAAUAGCAAGCUGUCAUUUCAGAAAGGGCUGAUGAGUGCCAAUCACUGCUGACAUACCUUGUGAAAUACUUGAAUUUGUAUGGAAAGGAUGUGAUUAGUUAUUUACAUGCCCGAGGCUUGUUUGUUUAUGCAAGCUACAACAUGGCCAAGUUUCAAAUCUUAUCCUAAAGGGAAAAAAAAAAGAAACCUGCUUGUUGUGCAGGGGUUUUCUACCUCAGAAUUUCAGUGACCAAAGUCUUAGCACUUUAAGGUGUUAGAUGAUAAGCCAGAGUCAGUGGCAAGCGCAAGAGGAUUAUGAAAUAUAUUCAUAACUGGAAUUGAACCUGUGCCUUUAUAUGUAGCAGUGCAGCACGGUGAAAUCUACUGUGAAGCGGUGAUGUGAUGCCUUUAGAAGCUUUGCAUAGUGGCUUCCCACAUCCUUUCUGAAACAAGAGCCAGGACCUGAGAACACAGCUAUCUCCAAAUAGCACAUCUCUUGGCUAAAAGGAGAGAUGAUUCAGAAGUGCCUUAACAAGAUACAUUUAACCUUAUUUUGGUAAUUCUGCUUAAAGCUCAUCCUGUACUGAGCUUUAUACAUACAUACGCGUAAGUAAAAGGGGGGGAAUGAGGGGAGGAAUCACUGCCUCUCCCUUCUUAUAAUCACUGAUCACUUCAGGCAUUAAAUUAUUUAUUUCUCCUGUGCAAUAAAAACAUCAGCAUCGGGACACGUCUCACAGCACUAAAUUAAGAGAACAACUAAAUAACAAAGGCAGGGUCAUCGAAACUGGGUGGGCUUUGAGGUCCCUUCCAGCCCAAACCAUUCUGGGAUUCAGUGAGACAAGCAGCUCCUCCCAUUGGGUACCAUAGUUUUGGCCAGCACUGUUGGGAAGAUUACUGUGUCUGUUGUCUCAGAUCAUGUUGUGCCUGGGCUUUCUGGUCCACAGUUUCAUUGCUGCUGUUGUAUGCUGUAAGUAGAGCAACUUUUCUUCUUAGUACUUGAGAAGGGCUGUGCUGAUCUUUCCUGGGGUGUUGGCUUUGACAUUGUUAACUGCAAGGGUGGAGGGAAGCCUUGCUUCAGGAAUCCUGAAGGUUGGUUUGGGCCUUAGCUCUGAGCAUUAUCUGUCCAGAACAAGUUGCAACUCAGUUAAUUUCAUCAUGAAAAGAUCCUUCUAUCUUUUAAGCUGUGUGAGCUCUGUUAUCAUUUAUAACCAACCUUCCUUUGAGUUCAUGGAAUUGUUUUUAAGAAAUGAGGGUGUGAAAACAUUUGUUUUUAUGAGAUACGUAGAUGUAAAACCUUUUUUUUUUCCUGAGCCUCCAGCUGUAAGUUGCUACGUGUAGGUUUGACAGAUUCAUUUGCAAAAGGCACAGACACAGAAGGCAUUGAAGGAUAAAUAGUUUAUUAUUUGCCUUGUGGUCUUGCCUAGAUGCUCAUGCUGUGUUUGUGAUCACAAGAACAUUAAUAAGUGUCCAGGAAUUAUAGUCAUCUGCCUCAAAAACAGUGCAACACAAAUAGAGUUGAGAAUGGGCAGGGGAAAAAUCAAGUUUUGUUGUGAUAUGGGCAUUAAGUGACAGCUCCUUGCUGCUUGUUGCCAUUACUCUGGUUCUGUCUGAAUGUCCCAUUGGGAUUCUACACUGGGAGAACCAAACUCCUUCAAUCUGUAGCUUUACCCAAAUUCCUCUACGUCUUUCCUCUCUUCAUAGCUCUCUCGGUCAGCUUUGGGUUCCCUUGGAUGUUUUCAUUGUGCACGUUGGCCAGAAAGUCACAUGCUUGGGAUGGUCGCUUGCAGAUAACUGUGAUUCAGGAGAAGCAGCAAACAGAACACUUGGAAUAAAUAAUGAUGCCGUGCCUGGAAUGUGGCAAGGGACUCUCUGUGGCCAGUAAGGCAGUAUGUUCUCAGCCCUGUGCUUCUGGUUCUGGCUCAACUUCAGCCAGCACUAUACCUGCACCUGGACAGGAUGUGCUGAAGCAUAGUGGCCAGCAUAGGGUUAUCAUCUAAAUUAGUGGGGAAAGGAGGUUCUUAGAAUUAUUUCCUUUGCCUGGUGAAUUCUAGAAUGGGCAAUUACUGCCAUAAACAGGAGGAGAAAAAAUAUAGUGAACAGUAAGUAUGGGAAGUCCAUAUAAAAUUGGUGUGCAGUGGACUCACUGAUAUUCCUUCUCAGAGCAGGCUGAGAAGGGUCCUGAAAGAGAGGAGUCAGAGGUUCUGAGUUGCUUCAGAUGGAUCAAAAUGGCUGACUGCUUUUCCCCUCAAAAUACAGGGUUUAUUUCUGACAGAAAUCAGAAGGGAACAUUUUGGACCUGGUGACAUGAACCUGCUGUGCAUUUUGCUGCAAGGGAUGAAAGGAGAUCACAAGACCCACAUCCAUCCUGACCUCCAAAUGUCAAGUAUCUGGAACAAGCUGCUUCCAAGGGAAGCACAGGGCAAACGUUCCCUGUGUGAUGAAAUCAGUUGAGCACUGCUACCCCCAGAAUGCAGAGAAAAAUGUUCAGGUGCUAAGUGCCUUUUGGAUGAUUGGGAUCCAUUAAUGGAUAGUUCACAGCAUCGAGAAGAG